AUGUCGUUCGCGAGGAAACCAAGUCUGCUCUGCUGGCUGUGCCAGUCGCGAGCCUUCAGCACAUCCUACCGUCGUCUCGCGGAGCAAGCAACGAUGAUCACCACAACGACCACCAAGCCGGCGAAGAUCUCAACGACCCCCUCGGCACCGCCGCCGCCGCCCAAAAAGUUCAUACCAGCUUCGCCCCUUGAGAACGCGCCGAGAAGCUACGGCAAGCGCCUGGAGGAAUUCACGCCGACGCCGCUGAGCCGGCCCAUCGGGCUGCCGUACCCGCCGCAGCCGGGCCAGAACACGGGGCUAGACUUCCGCACGAUGCGGCAGCGGCGGGACGACUUCGUCAACAUAGACAAGCACCUACAGAGGCGCGAGGAGCUGAAGAACAAGAUCUCGCGGCCCUACUUCCGCGACUGGGGCAACCUGCAGUGGCACAAGGGCAAGACGUUCAUCGCGCCGCCGCGGCUGUUCCGGGGCGACCUGUCGCUGUACUUCCCGAACCUGUACGGGACGACGCUGCUCAAGGACGACGGCGAGCCGCGCGACACGACGCCGACGCUACAAGGCCGCGUCUCCGUCGUCAGCGUUUUUAGUAGUAGGUGGGCCGACGACCAGACCAAGACGUUCGCGUCCCGGCAGCACAACCCGGAGCUGGCGGCGCUGCUCGAGGCGCACACCGACCGCGGCGCCCAGGCCGUGCGCAUCAAUGUCGAGGAGGACGCCAUGAAGGCCCUGCUGAUCAGGCUGUUCAUGGGCGGCCUGCGCAGGGAGGUCGGCGAGCCGAACUGGGACAAGUACUUCGUCGUGCGCAAGGGCGUGUCGGAUGAGAUCCGGGAGGCCAUCGGCUUGUUGAAUAGCAAGGUCGGCUACGUCUACCUGGUCGAUGCCGAGUGUAGGAUAAGGUGGGCCGGCAGUGGUCUCAGUGAGGACCAUGAGCGCGAGAGCCUUGUCAAGAGUGUUCAGCGGCUGCUCGAGGAAGGAAAAAAAGAGGAGAAGGGGAAGAAAAAGGAGAUCCUGUAG